GAAGAAGUUGCCUAGUGAGACGAAGAGAGCUAAAGGGGAACCACAGGAUUUUAACACGCCAAGGAAAAAUGAUCAAACGCUGCUGAGUUACCAAACUGAAGAGUUUCCUCAUCUGUACGGAGUCUUCCUGAUAAAUAAACAGACAUGGACUGGUGGCGUGCAGCUCCUGGAAUAAUCGUCCUGUUGGUUAAACUUACAGGGACAUCCCUGUUUUUUGUUUUCAUUCCACACACCUUCCCCAGAGGGAAUAUCAGUUUCAUUUAUGAGGAGAACUGGACAGUGUUGCACACUACAGAAGGCCUUCAUGAAGGGAUGACUACUUUUCCUGCAAGAGCCACAUCUGCAAGCGCCGUGAAAGCCCAGAUUCCUCUGAAGCCUCCAAAAUGGGAAAGAUACAGAGGGAGUUAUUACUGGUUUUCUGAAGACAUAGAUGUGUGGCUCAACAGCCGAAUGAAAUGCCAGAAACAUAAUUCAGACCUAGUGAUCAUCACUGACAGAAAAGAACUGGAAUUUAUUUAUAAUAAAACAACAACAAUGGAUUAUUUCAUUGGACUGGUAUAUACAGGAGAUGGAGAUACAUGGCUGUGGUUUGAUGACACCGAAUACAAGAGGACUCUCUUUACGCUUAAUCCAAAUGGAAUGGAAAAUGAGUGUGCGACGGUCAGGGCAGGAGAAGUGCGUCCAACAUCAUGCUAUCAAAAAAGCCGCUGGAUCUGUGAGAAGAACUGAUAUUCAGUUGGAUCCAAAGAAUCCAAUGCAAUGACAUUAAGGAAGCGACCAACUAAGGACCUGAAUUCUUGAUUAUUAAAAA